GGAAGAGAAGAAGGUCCUUUUCCCAGCCAUCUUGUGGCUUCACCUAGCGAAGUGUUCGCACCAAGCCUCGUAGAAUCGGAGGAGAAUCCUGCUGAAGGGGCGCCAUCAUGCCCGGACAAAUGCAAGAAGGUUUUGGCUGUGCCAUAGCCAAUCGGUUCGACCAUUUAUUAGACGAUGAGUCGGAUCCGUUCGAACUGAUGAAGCUUGCUGAAGUGAAGAAGAAGAAGGAGGCUGCUGCUCCUGGUGCCGCCAAGACCGCAGCACAGGCUGCCAAACACCCGAAGAAGGAGUCCCAGAAAGACCGAAAGGUCCCGCUAACCGACAAGAAGGAAGAGACACAAGCGCCAGUGCCACUCAAGAAAGAGGGUGCUGGUAUGAGGAGAAUGGGUCGCAAGCCAGAAGGUGAAGGCCCAGGCCCAGGCCCCAGACCCCAGGGCGGCCAGGGAGAAGGCCGCCCCCCUACAGACAGACGACCAGUGGACAGGCGGCCCCCUCGUCGCUUUGAGAGGCCUGCUGGUGAUGCUGCAGAGAAACCUGAGGGUGGUGAAUUCUCAGUGGAAAAGCCAACUGGUGACAGGCCGAUGAGAGGACGUGGUGGCAGCAGCAGCGCCGGCAGAGGAGGCCGUGGAGGCAGAGGACGUGGUAUGGGUCGCGGUGACGGCUUCGAUUCCCGAGGAAAGCGUGAAUUUGACAGACACAGUGGCAGUGACCGAUCUAGUCUGAAGGGUGAGGAGAAGCGUGGUGGAAGUGGAUCUCACAACUGGGGAACCGUCAAGGAUGAGCUUAAUGAGCUUGACCAAUCAAACGUCACUGAAGAAACCCCUGAAGGAGAAGAGCAUCCACCUGCUGACUCUGAGAACAAAAGGGAGAAUGAGGCCGAGGAGGUAAAGGAAGAAGGCCCCAAGGAGAUGACGCUGGAUGAGUGGAAGGCCGUGCAGGACAAGGAGCGAGCUAAGGUUGAAUUUAACAUCCGUAAAGCAAAUGAGGGAGCUGAUUGGAACAAAGGAUUUGUGCUGCACAAGUCCAAAGUAGAGGCCAAGAAAGGAGUUCUGAUUGACCCUGAGGUUGAGGAGCCAAAGCCGGUAGAGGGUGAUGAGCACCACUUCCGUAAACCAGCCAAUGACAUUACGACCCAGCUGGAGAUCAACUUUGGAGAGCUGGGCCGCCCAGGCCGCGGACGUGGAGGACCACGUGGUGGCAGGGGAGGUCGCGGACGUGGUGAAGUCAUCAGGCCGGUCCGCGCACCAAGGACUGACAAGUCAUCUGUGUCUGUGCCCAAUGUGGACGACCCAGAGGCCUUCCCAGCCCUGGCCUAAGCCCCAGCUGCUGUUCCUCAGGCCUACUGGAGCCUCCUGAGCACCUCCACUACGAGGCUUGCAUGUUCCUGGAUCCUUCAGCAAAGUCAAAUGAUGGAGAAGACUGUCAUUAACUAUGACACUCAAUGUGAGGACUGAGUUUUACCCAAUAAAAACAAAACAAAGAUGGAAAAAAAAUUAAGAAAAAAAAAAGAAAA